GCCAGAUGAACCGAAGUAUGGACCGCUCUACCGAUCUCCCUGACAAUCUCAGAAGAAUAAAAGGUGCAGCCGGUGGUCAAAGUGGCCGAAUCAACGCACAUUCUGCUCGCGACGGUCCUCCGCGCGGACCCAAGAGUCAACAGAACAUCGCCAAUGGGGUUCAGCGCAUGAUGAAUGGCGGCCGUACUGGUCACCACAACAAUAUGGGCGGCAACAUGAACCCAAUGAUGCAAGGCAUGAACGGCAACAUGAGCAGUCAGCAGCAAAUGCAGUUCAUGCAAAUGAUGGAGAUGCAAGCCAAUCUCCUGACACAGAUGAUGAACAACCAGAACGGCGGAUUCCAAAACGGCAACCAUGCUGGACGUGGUGGCAGAGGAGGUCACCGGGGAGGCCGCGGUGGACACACUCAAGAACCCAAGCUCAAGGCCGUGAAUGGCAAGCUGCCUGAUGUUGCACUACCUGCUGGACCUGGUGGAGGAUCGCACGCCGAUGGCAUGGAGGUCGAUUCUGAUGACAAGGGAUCGAAGUUCUCGACUGCGUGCCGCUUUGAUCUCUCUUGCAACAUGCCAGAUUGCGGAUUUGCACACCACGGACCAGCAACGAACGGCAAGGGAAGCAUUGAUAUGGAGUCCACGUGCCCUCACGGCGCGGCAUGCACGAAUCACAACUGCGUAGCCCGACACCCAUCACCAGCGAAGAAGAAUGCAUUCAACAAGCAGCAAGAUUGCAAAUUCUUCCCCAACUGCACAAAUCCUGCCUGCCCCUUCCGCCAUCCAAAUGCGCCACCAUGCCGGAACGGCGCCGAUUGUACGACACCUGGAUGCACAUUCGGCCACAGCAAGAUCAUGUGCCGGUACAACCCUUGUCUGAAUGCCAACUGCACGUUCAAACAUGCGGAGGGCCAGAAACGAGGCAAGUUCGAAGACAAGGUGUGGACGGCGGAGGACUCAAGUAAGGCAGAUCGAUUCGCAGGCUUGGAGGAGCAGACAGCGAACGGUGAAGAGCUCAUAUUGCCAGGACAGGAGAACGGCAACGCGUUGGCACAGCCGGCAGAUUCUCAGAUGGAGACGCAGAUCGUGACUUAGGAGGACGAUCGAAGGAAUCCUCCUAAGAACGAUGAUCCGAUACGCGCGCUCGCUCGAGAACUUCAUGUGCGAUGAGCUGGUGACGAUAAAGGGCAUAUGGAUUUGGAUGCACUGAAGCAGAGAAUUUGAUGUGGGAGUAGAAGCUGCUGCUGUUGCUGCUGCUGCUGUCCUGAGGAAGAGGACGUUUAGGCAGACAUAGAGGAGACAUGAUGAAUGUACUAUCAUCAGAUUCGGCCGCAAAGGACCAGAAUACGUGUAGCGUUGAUGCGAAUGCAAGAGGGAUACACGCGCUGAACUGACGAAAACGUUGGCGCUGGACGG